GCAGCCCUGUUCCAGAUUGACAUUUCUUGUUUCUUCCAUUGAGCGAUAAAUAAACAGCAAUUUUUGUUAUUUUGGCAUGGAUCCCAAGCCACAGUGGCAUAACAGGAAAUGAAAUCGCUGACCAAUGCGCCAAGGAGGCUAUCCGCACGGGCAGAGAGGUGUAUAACAAAGAAUUUUCUAGAGAUAUUCGUUGUCUUGCUAAACCACAUUUACAUAAAUCAUGGACGGAAAGGUGGAACAAUUCUAGGCUCAUAAAGGGUUCAAUCUUCACCAUUGGACUAUCCACCGAUUAUUUUAACCUAACCGAUCAAAAUUAUAUUUUAAUGUUAAGUAUUUUCUCUUGAACCUUGACGUUGGCAGAAUCAUCGUUUCUGAACGAUGCAGCCACAAACAAAGAAAAUAGAAACAGCAAUUUUCUGAUCAAUUUUUACAUUACAUAAAUAUUGUUGUAUGAAAUUGAGUUCGAAAUGGGAUGCUGUUGCUGUGUGAAGGGUUGUGGAAACAAAAACGACAUUCUGAAGAAAGAUCCUAACUCAACAGUGUCGUUUCAUAAGUUCCCCACAAACCCAGAGUUAAAAAAGAAAUGGCUGCAAGCUAUUGGGCGCCCCAAUUGGAAGCCACCCAAUCACGCCCGCAUCUGCAGUGCACAUUUCAGCGCUGAUCAGUUGAACUAUGACAAUGUAAGAGUCAGGAUACAGGGGCAAGCCUGCCCUGUACUUUGUUUGCCGCCAAACUCUAACUUCGAAGCAAAUAAUCUGGAAGUGUGCAGAAUCUGCUUGGCCGUUGAUGUCAAGUUGCACAGCCUACAGACUGGGACCCUAGCCACUUGUAUUGUUAUACAUUCUUUAUACUUAUCCACAAUCAAUGAAAGCAACACAGAAAGUCUACCAGAAUUCGUCUGCUAUGAAUGUGCUGCUCUUCUAAUUAAAAGCUACAGUUUGGUAGAAAAGAGUAUGACGGCACAAGCUACUUUACUUGAUAUUUUCGCGCGCCACGGACAGGUAACUAAAAGUCUAAUAAACAAUAUAAAUAGAGAUAAUUUGAACUUAACAUCUGUUUUACAAGCGUACAAUAAAACACCAACAAAGACGUUCCAUUAUGAUGAGGAAGAAAAUGUAUUAAACAUUAUCAAAGAUGAACACAAUAUUAUUAAAGAAGAAAAGAUAAAGAAGGAAACAUUUAAAAAUACAGAAUUCGAAGAAAAUGCCGAAAGUGAUGAUGGAAAAGACAGUGAUAUAAAUAAUAUACCCGAAGUUGAUAAUACACGUUCAGAUGAUGAAGACGUUGAGAUGCUUUGCGAUGAUGAUGGUGAUAUGGAUGAAGAACUUCAUAGUGAUCACGAUUCAGAUUCAGACAAUUCAUUAGUAAUUCAACUUAAAGAUAAGCCAGUGGAAAAUGUAGAACGAAAAGGAAGUAAGAAGAACAUUUCUGUUGAAGAUGUUAAAACUACAAAGAACUGUGAAAAGAAAAGGACAGAUGCAUUGAAACCAGGUCGACACAAGAUACUGGCUUAUUUCAAUAUAGUCCAAUUAUCAAUGCAAGAACAGAUUGAGGAGUGGCAGAAAUGGGUAAAGAAACGCGGAAGCGGUGAAAACUACGUUUACCGAUGUGAGAAGUGCUCGAAAAUGUUUGCGCAUCAGAACACUUACCGGCGACAUUUGAUUGGACACGAUCCUAGUCAUGGACCUGGUGAGUGUCCUGUGUGCAAGCUACGAUUCAAAACGGAUGGGCUGGCCCGCUCGCACGCGAAGUACGCACACGAAAAGAAAUUAUACUGCAAAUCCUGCCCCAAAGUCUUUAACAGCGUAAUAAUGGCCAAGCGACACUACAAAUGGCACAUGGGCCGCGUGUACCAAUGCAAACAAUGUCCGUUCUCGAGUGCGCACGAGUCGGCUCUGAGCUCCCACAUGCGUAAGCGCCACGGCGUCUUUGGCAAACAAAAUACGACGGCUGAUUUAAGGCGUUGUUCUUCCAGCGAAGCAAAACCCGAAGACCCUCUGAGCACCACCUGCAAAACUUGUGGCUUGAAGUGUGAGUCUGUAAGGGAACUGGUGCGGCACAGGCGGGCCGACCACCCGCACCCCAAGACUAUCCACAAGUAUCCUGUGCAAUGUGAAUAUUGUGAGACAAUAGUGAACAACGGAAAUGAGCACUGGAAUCAUGUAAGGAAACAGCAUCCGAAGCAGAAAUCCUCCUAUAAAGCUCUCGUGGGGGCCGUCUGCGACACGUGCGGAAAAGGUUGUCAGACGUCAUCAGCGUUGCAACUGCACUCGCUCCGCCACGCGCCCCCCUCGGUGCCGUGCCCCACGUGCGGGCGCAUGUUCCACGACGAGCACCGCCUGCGGGCGCACGCCCGCACGCACGCAGACGCGCGCCCGCACGCGUGUGACCAGUGCGGGCGCAGCUUUAAGUGGCGUGGCAACCUACUGCGACAUAAACGGGUACACACCGACGUAGCGUCAUACGAAUGUUCCAUCUGCAGCAAGUGGUUCAAAUACUCCACCAGUCUGAAGUUACACGUACGCUCUGUACACUACAAGAUACCGCCUCCACCGCGCAAGAGGAAGUAUAAGAGGAAAGAAAAUACUUAAUAAUUAUAUUAUAGAAAUAUAUUU